AGAUGACCAGAGACUGCGGACAUAGUACAGGAGAUGAUGACCAGAGACUGCGGACAUAGUACAGGAGAUGACCAGAGACUGCGGACAUAUUACAGGAGAUGACCAGAGACUGCGGACAUAGUACAGGAGAUGACCAGAGACUGCGGACAUAGUACAGGAGAUGACCAGAGACUGCGGACAUAGUACAGGAGAUGGCCAGAGACUGGAGAGAGAGAAGAGAGAGGGGGGAGAGAAGAGAGGGGGAGAGAAAAGAGAGAGGGGGGGAGUGAAGAGAGAGGGGGGAAGAGAGAGAGUGAAGAGAGAGGGGGGGAAGAGAGAAGAGACAGGAAGAAGAGAGGGAGGGAGAGAAAAGAGAGGACUGGGGGAGAGAGAGGGGGAAGAGAGAGGGGGAAGAGAAAGAGAGGAAUAAGACAUAGAGAAGAGGGGGGGGGGGAGAGGAAAUAAGACAG